UUCCGGGAUGAGAAGGAAGCCGGGGGGCUGCGAUGAGCGAUAUCGUGGAGAAGACCCUGACGGCGCUGCCUGGGCUCUUUCUACAGCACCAGGCGGCCGGCGGCUCCGGGGUGCCCAGGGUGUCCGUCUCCUCCCGGCUGGGCAGCCUCAUCCGCAGCAUCACCGCGCUCACGUCCAAGCACGAGGAAGAGAAAUUAAUUCAGCAGGAACUGGCUAAUCUAAAGGCAACUGUUUCUGCACCCGGUACCACAUUGAGACUGAUGAAGGAAUGUAUGGUGAGACUUAUAUAUUGUGAAAUGCUUGGGUAUGAAUCUUCCUUUGGCUAUAUACAUGCUAUCAAAUUGGCUCAACAAGGAAAUCUCUUGGAGAAGAGAGUUGGUUAUUUGGCAGUUUCUUUAUUUCUACAUGAAAACCAUGAAUUGUUGCUUCUCCUUGUGAAUACGGUUGUAAAGGACUUGCAGAGCACAAACUUGGUGGAAGUAUGCAUGGCGCUUACCAUCGUCAGUCAGAUCUUUCCUCGAGAAAUGAUUCCUGCUGUUCUUCCACUUAUAGAGGACAAGUUACAACAUUCUAA